AUGGAGAAGCACCGUGCAAUCAUCGCCAUCCCUGAGUCGUCUAGGCCACUCGGAGAUUCCGUGCCAAGAGCCAGCGCCGUCUUGGCCAACCAAACUCCUCUGCCAAGUUUUGACGUUGCUCAUCACGGAUGGGACGCCUCUAACGUAUCCACCGCCAAGUGCGACCUCUGUCAUAAACAGCGCUGCGGGACUCUCCAAAAGUGCCGUGUCUGCAAACUGUCAAUUUGCCAAGAAUGCUGCGUCGCUGGCCGCUUGCAAAACGACCGGAGGCACGCAAUAGAUGCUACAGCCGUCAGUUGGGAUGUUCCGCCAAACACUCGUAAACGAAAGAAUCGAGCUCAGGGAAACAGUCAUGAUUCGCCAACUGCCGUUAAGCGACGGAGAGUUGCGAAUAGCACAAAACGCGGGCAUGAGCAAUGGGCCGCCGGAGACUCGACGGAGACUUCCAUCUCUUCAACUGCGGACAAUAGUCCAGCAGCCAGAUAUACCCCGGUUCCCGAAAUAGAGAUUAAAGAGCAAAUCUCAGGUAUAGAAUACGACCACGGUAGUCCGAUGGAGCCGCAACUCUCCGCAGUACCAGCAUCACACUACUCUUCUGCCUGCUGCACUCAAUAUGCGGACUCAGUCUCGUCAAAGUACCCUGCUCAAGAUGCGCGAGGCAAAGUCAGUCCAGGCCAAAGGAGGCGUCCGCUCAUCGAAGAGUCUGGAAACAGCCAUGGCCGAGAUUGGCUUCCUCACGACAAUAGGACUUAUCCCGUAGCGUUCAAUCCAAACCUGAUAUCUGGGUACCCCGUCUCUACAACGAGCAGACCUUCUCAAGAUUCUACGUCUCGGCCCACUCUUCCUCCAAUCUCCUUCUUGGCUCCGGAAAAGCAUUGGCAUCAUCAUCAUCGUCAACAGCAGCCUACAGAGGUUCUCCGCACAAGUUUGGACUUUGUUGGUCGGUUGCAAGACCUUCGACACCAUCAAAAGCAACCUGCUAAUACAAGAGAAAUGUGGCCGCAGUCCGAUUAUGUCAGUUCCCUGGGAAUUAGGCUUGCUGACGCAGCUCGCAUGAAGCAAAUGUCCAGCUCUCCCUCGAUACCAUUAGAUAGAUGCCUCCGCGACGAGAUUCAGAACGAGUGGAAUUCCCAUUCGUUUGUAGCUACAGAUCGUGAUGCUGGUCGCCGGUAUCGGCAUAUUCUUGCGGCUGCGUACUUUGCCAGUACUUGCCUCGGCCUCUCGCCGCAGCUCAACGCCGCUCGAGAAUGGCUGCGUGAGAAAGAAUGCGAUUUGCGCGAGAUGGGCUAUGAGCCUACGGGAUCGAUGCCGCUCAUGAAUUUUCUCCAAGAGAUUGGAGUUUGGUAUCUGCGACAAGUUCAACGGUAG